UGCCUGCCUGCUUGCCUGCAGCUCAUCCAAGUUGUUUUUUGACAUCCAUAGUUCGGAAAUUAAUUAUUGAAGAAAAAUAAUUGUAAAUUUGGUAAAACGCCUGUGUCAGAUUGCAGGUAAUGGGUAUUCUUUAGCAUAUAAAGACACGAGAAGGCAAAUGCGAAGGGUGGUCGACGCCAUACAGUUUGGUGCUCUGGUAGUUAACUGCAGACUAAAGAUAAGACUGAAAACGACUUCACUUCUUUUGUUUAUUUCACUUGCGGAUUGGAGUGAUUGUUGUUCAUAUCAAAGAAAGAAGAUCUGCCACUGCCACAAAAUAAUCAAAACAGAAACCACAAUACAACGCGCAGGUCGAAAUGAAGAAGAAACACUACAUUGUCAUAAUCUUAGAUGUCAACUCCAUUCCUCGCGAGUCCCCAAGGUACGAAAACAAUGAUAUUGAGACUGAACACGACGGAAGAGUGGAUGACGAUGACGAUCAGGUCCCCACCACUCCUGGGAGAGAAUUCAAUAAGUCUUCUGCCAUUCCGUACAAAUAUGGGAUGAUCAAGUCUAUAAAGGAUACGGUUCUUACACUUUUGGCUAAGGAGGCGCUGCAAUACCAUACUGAAACAUUCGACUUUUCUCAAGUCUUCUGGUCCAUCAAGUUGUACAAUUCUUCCUACGAAAUCAACUCCAAGACUGGGAGAUCUUUCCAACCCCUUGGAAUGGAAUCUAUUGAGGCAUUCGAGAAACAACUUGAAAGCUUCCUCGAUAUGGGGUCACAGUCAGCAAAAAAGUCAAAUCCAGACAUCAAUCAGAUUCAGUUCUUGUCUACUUCACUGAAAAGUGUUUUGGGGGACUUGCCUUGGCCUGAGCCAAGUUCUGGCCUUGAUGGAAGAACUGGAAGUGAAAAUCGUAACGUAAUUCACGCCAUGUUUCGAGUCCCAAAAGGCGAGAUAGAGGUUCAGCAUUUCGUCCCCAACUGGACCCCUGCGGCCGGCUCAAAAAGCAUUAUGAAUGAACUUCUCCCGAAAGCUUUCUGUAGGAAGAUGAAGGAACAUCAAAUACAAUUGCAUUUUUUGGAUCUUGAACCAGCAUUUCAAUCUGGUGACGUCAGCGGAGCAAACUUCCAGGAUUCCGAAAAUUCUAAACCCAUGGUCAAAAUCGCCACCUUCCUUGGGGGAACAGUUGCACAAUUUACAGAAAUUAGUCGAGGAGUUCCGAUAGGAAUGCCGUCCUACGCUGAUUUACUCAAACUCUUGAUUGCUGAAAACACACAUCACUCUGCUUCAGAUGGUUUGAAUAUUUCAAGAACAAGGACGCUACAGGAUGAGGCUCAAAAGACCAUUCGAAAACUACAAGGUAGUAUGAAUGGAAGUGUGGUCAAUAGGGUUUCUCCUGUUACAGCAGACGAUGCGGAUGGCGACUCGGUGACUCGGUCUCAUGGAAUACGAAUUCCUACUCCAUCCUAUGCUCUAGCUAAUCAUCUCAGACGCAGUUUUCCUGAUAUGCUAAUCCAACAUAGAAUACCAACUAACGCUGAUGAUCGUCGCUGGAUCGAACAUACAAGAGUUAGUAAUGUUCGAAGAUUUUCUGAUGAAAGGGAUCAGUUGAGUAGUCGAACUAACAAUAGGAUGUCAGUACCCCUCCUUCAUGACCAAAUUCCGAAAAAACGCAAAUACGAAUUUGAAGAAGACAUGGAAUCAGAAGAAGGUUAUUCUCCACUUGACAUUGAAAAUUGGUGUAUGGGAAAGGCAGCUGUUGAGAAAGAGAAACAUCAACCAUUACGAAGGCCCAUUAAUAAAGACAUUAGAGGCCCAAGCUCAAGUUUCAAUCAGAAACGCUUGAAGCAUCCUGUUGUUACGAAAUACAGGUCACCGAAAAUUACUCAACCACAAAAAAGAAUUCGAAGAGAACGAACGGAGCAACAAGAAAUCAUGGCACCUCCAAUUAGACACUACCGUCACAUGACUAACAAUAGCGCCAUCGCUUCAGCCAAACAGCAUCGAUAUUCCGAUCCUACGUCUACAACUUCGUACACGUCUAGAAUCGUCGAACACAAUGAUUCGUCGACGUUCCUCCGAACUCGAGGUCAUGCCAUGGUUGAUGAGGGACUGAAGAAGAAAUUAUCCACUACCAAAUCCAAACAGAAAGCUGUGCCUGAUGAAGACACUAGUUUCAGUCCCAAAAUUAACUUUUGGCAAGAAAAUGAGAGGAUUUUAAGUUCUUAUAAAAAUCGCUUUCAAAUGCUGAUGCAACAGCAGCGAGUCAAUGCUCGUGAUGAGGAUCCAAUUGAGGAUUUGGCCGUGAAAGUGAAAUGGUGUGUGGAAAUGGUGAUUGGAGAAGAAGAUUGUUGUCUACCCUCGCUCGCUCAAGUUGUCGUUACCACAGUUGGUGCCAAACUUGUGGAACUCAAAGUUAGAGACUUGAGGGACCUUAUGGAAAAAAUUCUAUUUGUACCAUAUACCGAGUUGAAUUUGGAAGUUAUCAGGCACAUGCAUACGGACAAUGAAGACGCUGUAUUUCGAAAAUGUUUCCUUCAAGUAUUUAUCAAUUUUGAGAUGGUUUGGACAGUGCCUACGAAAAAUAUGGCAACACUUGAAGAGCAGUUUAUUGAGGACGUGUCAAAAAUUUUGGGUUUGGUCCGAGUGUAUAGGAACAAUCCUCCAAUUGAAAAAUUCGUAAAUGAUGUGCUCGUACCAUUAUAUCGACCCACUCAUGGUCGCCUCCUGCGCGAAAUCACAUCGGCGUUGAACAUUCGACAGUCAAAUAUGUUGAAUACCUCUUUCGAUUCCCCCAGAUCUGGUGGAUCUGGUUGCCGAGAUGACGUCAGCGUUUCUUCAUUCAGUUCUUCAAUGUGUGGACCUGAUGAUUCAACAUCGCAGCAUCCAAACGAUACCUCAUUCAGUCAGCAAUCACAUUCUCAACAUAUGAAUCAAAGUCAGCAUUCUAUAAGAACUUCUCUUCGAAGCGCUAGUUUCCACGCGAAUAACCCUAAACGGGCACUCAUGUUACCCAUUGCAAAACUACCUGCUAAACCAAAAAAUUUUCAAAAAUCUCAAAGUCAGUCAACCCAAUCAGGCUCUUUGAGACCUACGACAAGAAGUCCAAAACCAAAAAAAGUGCGGAGGAACCUGUUUGAUGUACAAGCAAGUCGAGAUCCAAAAGACAUGAAAAUGUUGUUAAAUCUGGCAACCAGCAAUACUUCUUCGUUUUCACGGUCGCCUUCUCUAUUUAAGUCGCCAAUGUCGAAACAUACUUCAUGUUCUCCACGUUCACCGGGUCGUCCCUCUCCGUUUUUCGCUGCAGCUAGGGCGAGGGCAGCGAAAGGAAAGGGUCGCAGUAGCCGUCGACGACUCAUAAUGGAUCCUGAGGAUGAUGAGGAACAUCCCACUAACCUUUUUGGUACAAUGUCAAACUCUCCAAAUGAAAGCAUGCUUUGCCCUGAGAGUCCAUUCACACCCAAAUCGCAUUCUGUUGCUGCGCCAGAGCGGAAACCAAACUCUAUAAAAUCUGUGGUGCGUGAGUCUCCAGAAGUUGCCAAGUCAGCAACCCGAACUGUUACAACCACGUCUCGUUCUUUAGGAAGUCGUCGGAUUGACUCUGUGUCUUUCUACUCCAGUGGCAACGAGUCGUUAAAAGCACGAGCAUGGGAAAGAUCCGGCGCUAAAUUGAUGGCAGCAAGAAUCCGAGAUUCUGUGGACUUGUCACAAUCCUUGUCCGUGAACGAUCUCGAACUUGACAGCAAUGGGACUGAUGGGACUGACAAACAAGAUGAGAAUAAAAUUGCUGAUGGAUCUCCUGUUCCAUGUUCUAGUAAAAGUUUGAUGAACUUCCUCCCGUGUCUGGAUUCUAGAGUUUUAGCCGUUGAAAAUAACGAGAGCUCUUCCAUUCAAGCUCUCAUUCAUGGAGAAAUGAAGUCCUCGCCCAACGAUAUUUUAUUAAAUUCAACAGGUGUCAAUUUACCACUAGCACCAAAAUCUCCUGGUUUAGAUACUCCUUCCAAAAGGGUGAAAUUUAGUUUGGAAUUGGUUCAGACACCCUCCCCCACAACUCCAGCUCGCUCCAAUUAUGGAACACCUGUAACUCCGAAGAGUAUUUUGAAAGAUGCUGCAAGCACCCCCACCCCAAAUGUGGCUAUUUAAGUGAAUUCUUACUAUGAUAUUCUCUCAACGAGUACGUGAUGACUUUAUAUUUAUUAUUAGUAAUUAUAUAUUGGUCAAUAUGUAGAUAAGACAAUGGAAGGUAGAAAUGUUGUUGUUCCCUUGUAAAGCAUGAGCAUCUUGUGUAUGUACUAAUAAUAGCAACUUAUUUAUUAAUUGCAACGAUGUAUGUGAUAGAUAAUGAGAGUUUACAAUUUUUUAACAUUUAAUGGUAAAAGGUUUACAAUUUCGCACCACAAUUGAUUCAAUAAUAUUAUAAAUAUUGUAAAAUAAUCAAA